AGUACCAUCCUCAAGAACCCAAGGGAACAGACAAGAUUCGCCGUCUGGAUAUACACGCGGUGUCAUGAAGCAACUUUUGAGCACGGCUGCACUCUUUCUCUUCCUUGUGAUAGAAACAGCCGCACAGGAACACGACUGUAACUUCGGUGUGGUGCUGAGUGUGACGGAUGGCGGGGUUCAGGAGGGGUCCGUUAUCACCCCUCUCUACGGAACCGCCAACUACCCCAGCAGUCUAAGCUGCGAGUGGGUCAUCGAGGCUCCGGAAAACCACAAAAUAUCCCUGGUGUUCCGCGAUAGCUUCGGCAUCGAGGCUCACUCAACAUGUGACUACGAUUACCUUGUGGUCCAUGACGGACCGACCUCCGCAUCCACAUUGCUGGGGCGGCUCUGCGGCGCAACUGCUCCCGCCGACAUCCAGGCGACCGGAAACCAAGUGUACCUAGCUUUCGAGUCUGACUACAGUGUGGCCGGGGCCGGGUUUGCGGUAGACUGGUCCACCACCUGCGUGGACGGCACCACCUCGUGUGACGACGCUCCGGUGUGCUUCACCUCCGCCCAGGAGUGUGACGGCACGCAGACGUGCGCAGACUUCCAGGACGAGACGGGGUGUCUGGCGGCGUACGGGCUCGACACAUGUGGGGAGAGCAUCGAUGCCUCCACUGCCGGGAGCGUGUCCUCGCCGAACGGAAGCCUGCCCUUCUUCCCGCCCGGCGUCGCCUGUGACUGGGACUUCGCGGCUCCCGCAGGAUACCAGCUCAUCUUCACUGCGACAGCAGGGGAAGGCGUCGACUGCACUACCGCUUCUGCCGAGCUGACUGAAGGCUCGAAUACCCACGAUAUCUGCAACCGAACUACUACGUUCAUCGUCAACACCAACGAAGCGGAGCUGUCGGUGAGCGGGCCCAUCGCCGAGGACGGGUUCUCCCUGUCCUGGAUCCCCUGCUCCCCAGACCAGGUUCUGUGCGCGGCGGACUACGCGUGUCUCCCGGUGGAGGCCAAUUGUAACGGCACGGAGGAGUGCAGCACGGGGGACGACGAGGCGGACGCACUCUGCCUAAUUCCGACGACCACCAUCCCAACGACAACGGAGGAGCCCACCACCACUGUCUUCUCAAACAUCACUGUUGUCACGGAAGAUCCCGCAGACCGACUGUCAUGCUACACGUGUAACGGAACGGGAGACUGCAUCAGCAAUCCGGCCAACGUCGCCUCGACUACCUGUGAAGACGGCGAACACUGCUGGGUCGAGCGGAUUGGAGAGGCUGGCAGUUCGUUUGGGCUGAGAGUGGAGCGAGGCUGCGGGGACGUGUGUAGCAGCUACUGGGAACAAGAGGCGUGCGAAACGCCACAAGGGCGGCCGAAGGUGUGCAUGAAAUGCUGCAGCGACGUUGACGACUGUAACGACUUUAUCAUGACCGGGCACAACGAGGGACAGGGCGGGGACGCCACGGCGGCGGUACCCUGUCUCUGGGUCACCGCGCUGGCAGUCAUGCUGGUCUCUUACGUCACACGCACACUGCAGUAGUCUACAGCCCUUUCACACUUCCCAUAAUGCCUAGUAAAGAUCACGGAUAUGACGUAUGGCCAACCCCCUCCCCCUUCCUCGAUGUAAUAUUUCCAAC